AUGACCACCCCAAUUAGGCUGCAAUCGUCGGACGGAGAGUCGUUCGAUACGUCGGUUGAAAUCGUGAAAUGUUCCGGAACGUUGAAAACCAUGAUCGAGAAUCUGGGACUGGAUUUCACCAACGAGGAAUCCGUUCCGCUGCCGAACGUGAACGCAGCCAUACUUCGGAAGGUGCUAGAGUGGGCCACCCAGCACAAGGACGAUCCAGUGCCGAUUGACGACGACGACGAUGAAAACAGGGAGAGACGGACCGACGAUAUCUGCCAGUGGGACCGGGAUUUUCUUGGCGUCGAGCAGAGCACUCUGUUCGAACUGAUUUUGGCGGCCAACUAUCUGGAUAUCGGGGCUCUGUUGGAUACCUGUUGCAAAACGGUUGCGAACAUGAUCAAAGGUAAAACUCCGGAGGAGAUUCGAAAGUUAUUUAACAUUAAAAAUGAUUUUACACCGGAGCAGGAGGAACAGAUCCGCAGAGAAAAUGAGUGGUGCGAAGAGAAGUGA